AAAGCAAAACAAACUGAUUCCGUCGGGCGUCGACAAAGCGAAACAAAAAGGCAGACCUCCCCGAUAACGAUACACCGCCACGUGUCCCGAAGGUCAACGUCACCCCGAAAAACUGACUUCUCUGACUCCCAACUCGACUCUUCUUUCCCUCCCAUUUAACACUGACGUAGACUCCGCACAUAACUCCACCACCAAACCCCAACCGACGCUCCUUCCUUUCCCUCUCUCCCUCCUUCUUUCGCUUUCGGACUCCCCCCGACCCGACCCGCCAUGGCCGCGGCCUCCGCCUCCCCCGACAGGAUCCCAGUCACGCCCCAGCAGCAGCACCAGCACCCCGUCAUCGAGCCCUCGCCGUCCAGAUUCUCCACCGACUCCGACGCCGGGGCGUCCUCACCGCUCGUCUCCUGCCCCGCCGACUCACCUGAUCGCUCCGAUUCUUCCGUUGCUUCUCCCAACACCGAUCAGUCUGCUGCAAGAUUGAGGAGUGAAGAGUAUCGGCAGUUGUUUCGGCUUCCAGCUGAAGAAGCCCUCAUCGAAGAUUUCAAUUGUGCAUUCCAGGAGAAUAUACUUAUUCAGGGUCAUAUGUACCUGUUUGUUCAUUAUAUUUGCUUUUACUCAAAUAUAUUUGGAUAUGAGACAAAGAAAAUAAUCCCCUUCCAGGAAGUCACAUGCGUAAGAAGGGCGAAGACAGCAGGGAUCUUUCCUAAUGCAAUAGAAAUUUCUGUUGGAGACAAGAAGUACUUCUUUGCGUCCUUUCUGUCCCGUGAUGAAGCUUACAGAAUCAUAAAUGAUGGUUGGGCGCUAUAUGUUGAUGGUGCCAAAGUGACUACAGAACAACAGGAAUCAAUCACUGAGACUAAAAACCAAGAGAAUGGAGUCGUAAUUGAAAAAGUGGAGAGCUCCAAUUGCUUAGUUAAUGAAUUGGAUUCUACUGAAAGGAACACUGAUACUCAAAUUUCAAAGGAUUCUGAGCUCCCACCCAAAGUUGAAGACGAUUCUGUGUUGACAUCGCUUCCAGAGCCCAAAGGUGUUAUCGAAGAGGAUAUAGAACCAGUUCUGAAUGGUGAACCUUCAUCUUCAAGAGAUACCUUGAUAUGGAAGGAAGAAGAUUCUGAUGCCCCAAAUGUUCCAGAAUUUUAUACAAAGGUUGCGGAGUCGCAGUUUCCGAUAAAGGUUGAAGAUUUCUUUAGUUUCUUUUACUCAGAUGAUGUGUUCAUUGAAUCAUUCCAUAACAGUUGUGGAGAUAAAGAGUUCAGCUGCACUUCAUGGCAGCCUCAUGAAAAGUUUGGACAUACCCGCGAUGUUUCAUUUCAGCAUCCAAUUAAAAUCUACUUUGGUGCAAAAUUUGGUAGCUGUAAGGAGCUCCAGAAAUUUCGAGUACACAGAAACAGUCAUUUAGUUAUUGAGACAUCACAAGAGAUCAACGAUGUGCCUUAUGGAGAUUAUUUCCGGGUUGAGGGGCUUUGGAAGGUGGUGAGAGAUACUGAUGGAUCAAGGGAAUGCUGCAAUUUGAAGAUUUACUUGAAUGUGGCAUUUUCAAAAAGAACUGUUUGGAAAGGAAAGAUAGUGCAGUCUACCUUGGAAGAAUGUCGAGAGGUUUUUGCUACCUGGAUAAACAUGGCACAUGAAUUGUUGAAGACAAAGAACCUUGAGAAACAAGCAGAGAGUAUUCGUACGGUUAGCAUGGUUCAGAAAUGUGAAGUUCAUCCUACAGAUGAAGCAGAGACGGUUCAGUCUUCUGAAAAGUUUUACGAGCCUAGUGAUAGGAUACAACAGAUAUCUGCAUCCAUAAACCCUAAGCACAAAGUUAGCAGUCUAUUUCAAGAAAGUCCGAGUGAUACUUACUCUCUUACCUCAUGGUUGAGAGAUUAUAUGAUGAAAUUCGGUUCAUCCUUGAGGAAUCAAAGCCAUCUUCCAUUGAUCAUAGUUAUCAUUGUUGCCGUGGUUUUCAUAAUGCAGUUGAGCAUACUUGCACUACUAGCUAGACCCCAACACAUCCAUGUGCACUCUCCUGUGGACUAUACAAGUGUCGUGGGCAGUGGUGUUGGUGGGAGAUCUUCUGAAGUUAUUACUUGGCUGGAGAAGCGAGUUCACAACCUUAAAGACGAGAUGAACUUGGUUGAAGCUCGGCUUGAGAGCAUGCGACAUGAACAUGCUCUCCUAAAAUCUCAACUUGAAGAUUUCAAGCAUCUUAUUAAGCGUAAAUAAUCGAACUGUAAAUCCUCAUUCUUUUGGUGAUUUUAUCUUAUUCUAUUUUUUUCCUCUGGUAUUAUUGAGAAAUGUAAGUUGUUCAAGUUAGAAAAUUAGAAAACUUGUUGUAACCUAGAAUCAGUAAGCGUAUAGAGAAAUUUCUCAUAGCCAAUAUUCGUCUAGGGGAAUACAAAGUAGUAAUCACUUAGCAGCCACACGUAUUGCCAAAAAAUAGUAAGAAUAAAGUUUUAAGAUGCGAUAA